CAACGCUUUUAGCCUUUGCUACUAUAACUCAAGCAUUUUCUACUGGUUCUGGAACAUGCAAUGCAGAUAAAGUAACUAUCGAAGCGGUGAACAAUACCCCUAUGGGCAGGCAGAGAGACUUGGGCUUCGAAAUUGCCAUGUCUCAAACUGAUCAUUUUUACGUUCCGAAUGGACCUGCGUUAGAAUUUUCAAUUAGUGGAACUCUAACAACUUUUAAAGGCCUCUUAUUUUAUGGCGAAGAUGUUUUAAAUAAUCAUGUUGGUCAGUGGACUAUUCCAUCUGGCUACAAAUUAAUGGCAAAUUGUCCUGGUGAUCCAAAAGGAACUCUUACUCAUAGCUCUGCUACGGAUAAACUAGUCAACACUACAUCAUUUCAGUGGAAUCCUCCAGCAAGUGAUGUAGGCCCAAUCACUAUCGUUUGUGUAAUAUGUGUUAAUACUCAAACCGGCUUCCAAAUCAUAAGAUCAUCAAAGCCAUUUGUCGUUAACGGAAGUACAUUUGUACCAACUCCAACUCCAUCCAAUGAUAAUUCUACACCCGCUGCCAAAAAUGCAGUUGCUACUAAUUCCCCUCAUACAAUUAGUAACA